GAAAAUCCCUCAGCCAUGAGGUUGAUCCUGUUUCUUGGUGCCCUUUUGGGGCAUAUCUACUGUCGGGAAACAUUUGUGGGAGAUCAAGUUCUUGAGAUCAUACCAAGGAAUGAAGAACAAAUAAAAAACCUGGUGGAACUGGAGGCUGAAGAACAUCUUCAGCUUGAUUUCUGGAAAUCACCCAACAACCCAGGGCAGCCAGUCCAUGUCCGGGUUCCCUUUGUCAGCCUCCAGGCAGUCAAAGUUUUCUUGGAGUCCCAGGGAAUUGCCUAUUCCAUUAUGAUUGAAGAUGUCCAGGUUCUGUUGGAUAAAGAGAACGAAGAAAUGCUAUUUAAUCGGAGAAGAGAACGAAAUGGGAACUACAACUUUGGGGCCUACCACAGCCUGGAGGAGAUUUCCCAAGAAAUGGAUCACCUCGUGGCUGAGUACCCUGCUCUCGUGAGCAAAGUGAAGAUUGGCUAUUCUUUUCAAAAUCGGCCCAUGAACGUGCUGAAGUUCAGCACCGGAGGGGACAAGCCCGCCAUCUGGCUGGACGCAGGGAUCCAUGCUCGCGAAUGGGUUACACAAGCGACAGCACUGUGGACCGCAAAUAAGAUUGCCUCUGAUUACGGAAAUGAUCCUUCCGUCACUUCCAUUUUGGACACAAUGGAUAUCUUCCUGCUGCCGGUCACAAAUCCUGACGGAUAUGUGUUCUCUCAAACUACAAAUCGGAUGUGGCGGAAGACCCGGUCCAGGGUCCCUGGCAGCUACUGCGUGGGUGUGGAUCCUAACCGGAACUGGGACGCAGAUUUUGGAGGACCUGGUGCCAGUGACAACCCUUGCUCUGAUUCCUACCACGGACCCAGUGCCAACUCUGAAGCUGAAGUGAAAUCCAUUGUGGACUUCAUCAAGACUCAUGGAAACAUCAAGGCCUUCAUUACCCUCCACAGCUAUUCCCAGCUGCUGAUGUUCCCUUACGGGUACACAUGCUCCAACUCAGAUGACUUUGAUGAGCUGAACAAAGUGGCCCAAAAGGCUGCCAACUCAUUGACAAACCUGUAUGGCACCAAUUACAAAGUGGGACCUAUCUGCUCAGUCAUCUACCAAGCCAGUGGUGGAAGCAUUGACUGGGCCUAUGACUAUGGCAUCAAAUACUCAUUUGCCUUUGAACUGAGAGACACAGGUCGCUAUGGCUUCCUGCUGCCAGCCAACCAGAUCUUGCCCACAGCAGAAGAGACCUGGUGUGGCCUAAACACAAUCAUGGAGCAUGUGCGAGACAGUAUCUCUACGGAUACUCCAGGGAGUAAACACCAUUAAAUCUCUUUGGUUUGAAG